AUGCCAGCACUGCCAUUUGCCCUGGACAUAAUUCCGUUGCUCCCUCACCUGACCAGGCCGGAGCUCUCUGCGGAGGAGCGAUCAGAGAGGUCAGAGCCCAGGCCCGCGGAACCUGCAGACGUGGCGCGCGAUAUUCCGCCAGUUCGUUUGCCCGACUCCGAUCGAUGCCAACAGAUGGCCACGCCCAGACAGCCAGACACCCUGACAACAAUGCCUCAGCGUUUGCCUGGGCCUCUCAUGCAGAAGUACAGGCUCAUUGACACCCACAGCUUGGGUUCAGGUGCCGUUGCCCGCGUGUGCCGAAUGCAAGACAUCGGGACGGGCCGCGAACUCGCAAUGAAGGUCGUGGAGAAGCAUCCGCUUCAGAUCCGCAACAUGGUCCCGCAGAUGGAGCGCGAGGUGAAGGUUCAGCGAAGGCUCCUCCAUCCCAACAUCCUUCGCCUGCACGAGACCUUCGAGGACGACACUCACUGGUAUAUGGUCCUGGAGCUUGCGAAUCGCUUGAUGAACCUGCUGAGCAGACACCCUUACAGACGGCUUCGAGAACAUCAAGCUGGUUGGCUGUUCGGCCAGGUCGUCGACGGCGUCGCCUACCUCCACCAGAACGGUUGUGUGCACCGAGAUCUGAAGCCCGACAACAUCUUGAUUGUCGGGCACUGCCCAAAGAUCUGCGACUUCGGGUGGUGUGCAGAGCUGCACGACGGUCCGCGAAGGACCUUCUGCGGUACCUUCGACUACAUGGCUCCCGAGGUCAUCUUUGGCGAAGGGCAUGGCGCUGCAGCGGACGUUUGGAGCCUGGGGAUCACGCUCUACGAGUUCCUUACCGGCGUGACGCCCUUCGUCAGCCAGAGCGGGCGCAACACCACGACCAGCGAGGCAUUCCAGCUCAGGGUCCACAAGGUGGACUACGGAUUUCCGCCGUGGUUUCCCAGCCAGGCGUGCCACCUGGUUCAUGCCAUGCUGCAGCGCUAUCCCGGACAACGGGAUGGCGCGGCUAAGGUGCUGCAGCAUCAUUGGCUGGAAGCCCAUUUCCAGAAGCCGAAGCAGGCGGGCAAACCGCCUUGCCUGGAGCCCCUGCCGGACUUGCCCUCGCCAGUCCCGUCUCAGACAUAUCCGGUCAGGUGUCAGCGGCAGUGGCUCCACAUGCAGGCACCAACCAGUGCUGCAGCUUCUAUGUAUCCUGCCCUGGGCCUCGUGAGCAUCCCGAAGGGCCCUGCGGUUUAG